ACGAACUCUUAUCUCCGCGGCAGUGCUGACGGUGGCCGCGCGGAGCAGACACGGACAGGGAGCGGGCGCGAUCGCCGGGCGUGUUCACCGUGUUCACCACGGGGACGAUUAAUCGAAGCUCGCUUCCACCGGCGUCCGAGUGGACGGGACAGUCAAUCGGUGGCCGUUUUCACCGCCCUUUGUGUCAAAAGCCAGUGACAGUGGAGAUUUGGGGGAGAUAUCUGUGAUCGUUUUCACCGGUCCCAGAACAAUACAUCAGUGGCAGUCGGUGGCAGUGGUCGUUUUCACCAGAUUUUGAGGAAAUCAGUGGCCAUUUUCACCAGAGUUGGGAAACACCUGUGGCCGUUUUCACCGGCCAAAGGCAGUGGUCUGUUUCACCGGUCUGUAAACAGUGCGGGACUAGUGCGACUAUGGGCCGGCAGGGCGAGCAGAACCCGGACUGAUUCGUGUGCGGUGAAGAUCGCUGGACCACGCCGGACCGGGUUCGGUCGCGUGCCGCGAAGCAGAGAAGCAGCGAAGCAACCACCGGCUGGUCCGCGAGGAUGUGCGCCAGUCGAGCCAGCCAGCCCGCCCCAGGGGAGCGUCGUUGAGUGUGUUCGAGGCUCGGUUCGAGGCGUUUCAGGCCGUGGCCGCCACCCUUCCUGGAGAUCCCCAGGUGCAGGUGUAGAAACGACGGGCACCUUUAUGAUGGACAGCGCCUUCGCCAGAAACUGAGUUUGUGGUUGUAGGCUGAGCAGUUCCCGCGCCGCCCCGCGCUCCUGCCCUCCACGGCCUCGCCAUGGUGGGGCAAACUGCGGCCGGGGACAGGGCAGACCAGGCGGAGGUCAAGGGGGCCGAGGACGCCGUCAACGGAGACGUGGUCAAGAAGGCCGAGGCUGCCGUCAACGAAGAUGAGACGAGGAAAGCCGAGGCCACCGUCGACGGAGAGGCUCUGGCCCCCGUCGACAAAGACGAGGCCACCGUCAACGGAGGCUCUAAGGCCGAGGCCGCCGUCAACGAAGACGAGGCCCAGAAGGUCGAGGCCACCGCCAACGGAGACGAGGCCGUAAACAAGGAGGCCGACAAGGAGGCUGCCCUGGAGGCCGCUCAAGAGGCGGCGAUUCUCCUGACGAGGCCGACGCUGGCCUCCUCCAAGAAGGCCGAGGCCGAGGACGCCGACGUCCCCGCCGAGCAGGAGAAACUACUCAGCAGCAAGAACGGUGGCGCCAAAAAGAAGGUGGAGCAGUUCGAGCUGGAGGAGAAGUUCGACUUCUGGGGGCUGACGCUGCGCGAGAAGAUGCGGUACAUCCGGAACAACAUCACGGUGGAGCCCAUGCUGGCCAUGUACACCAUCCCCAGCGUGCUGGCCAGCCUGGCCACGCAGAACCUCAACCUGGAGAAGGCCUGCCGCGUCAACCUGGGCUACGACGACGUGGUCUGCGACGCCCUCACCGCGCGCAUGACCACCAACUACACUCUGGAGGAGGCCGAGGUGCAGAAGCUGACGGCCAGCAUGGCGGGCUGGAAGACGUUCAUCCAGAGCUCGCUGCCCGCCGUGCUGAUCCUGUUCGUGGGCUCCUGGUCGGACCGGCACGGCCGCCGCAAGCCCUGCAUGCUGCUGCCCAUUAUCGGCGAGCUGCUCACCAGCAUCGGGCUGCUCGUGUGCACCUACUUCUACUACGAGCUGCCCAUCGAGGCGGCCACGUUCGCCGAGGCGGUGUUCCCCGCCAUGACCGGCGGCUGGUUCGUCAUGUUCAUGGCCGUGUUCACGUACAUCGCCGACGUGACCACCGAGGCCGACCGCACCUUCCGCAUCGGCGUCGUCAACGUCUUCUUCUCCAUCGGCAUCCCCAUCGGCAUGGCGCUGUCGGGCGUCGCGCACCGCCUCAUCGGGUUCUACGGCGUGUUCUCGCUGUCGACCUGCAUGUACGUGUGCAGCUUCUGGUGGGGCUACACGCAGGUCAAGGAGGAGCCCAAGAAGUGGUCGGGCGACGGCCCCGCGCCCCACGGCGUCAUCGGCUUCCUCAAGGACUUCUUCGACGUGCGAUAUCUGUUGGAGACGAUGCGCACGUGCUUCAAGAAGGGCGAAAACAACCGCCGCAUCAAGGUCAUCCUGCUCAUGGUGGUGGUCAUGCUGGUCAUCGGCCCGCUGCACGGUGAGAACACAGUGAUGUACCUGUUCGUCCGGCUGCGGUUCAACUGGGACGAGCUGGACUUCAGUCUCUUCUCCACGUACUCCGUCAUAUCGAACCUCGUGGGCACGAUGCUCUCCGUGGGGCUGUUCAGCUCCCUGCUCAAGUACGACGACAGCGUCAUCGGCAUGAUGUCCUGCGCGUCCAAGAUCCUGGCCGGCUUCAUCUACGCCUUCGCCACCACCGUCAGCGUCCUGCUCAUCGCCCCUCUCGUAGACAUGAUGAACGGGACGUCCUUCAUCGCCAUGAGGGCCAUGGCCUCCAAGUUGGUCCCCAGCGACGAGCUCGGCAAAGUGAAUUCGCUGUUCGGGGCGUGCGAGGCGAUGAUGCCCGUGGUGUGCGGCCCACUGUACUCCAAGGUGUACCAGCUCACAAUGCAGGACCUCCCCGGAGGCUUCUUCCUGGUCGGAGGCGUUAUCACGUUCCCCGCCUUCCUCAUCUUUGGGUGGUACUAUUACGAAGCAAGGAAAGAUCGCAAGAGAAAAGCUGCCAUACAGACCACACAAAAGGUUCCAUAGACUUGGUUUGUUUAGAUUAGUUAUAUUGUUACUAAUAAAGUCUUCAGUUUUUAA